AUGUUUCAACAAAUAAUUAAGGCAACAAGUAUUCAUCCAUCAGUAAUAUUAACUGAUUCAGACCCAGCAGUUGAUUCUGCAAUUAGUCAAGUCUUUGUUUUAAUAUAUCCUAUUCAUUAUGCUUAUCAUAUAAGCCAAAACUUACAUAAACACCUAAGAAAGACUUUAGAAGAAAACUAUUCACGAUUUCUUAAAGAUUUUUAUAGUUGUCGGAAUAGCAGUAUGAUUGCUACUUCCCAGGUCGAAUCUGUAAAUGGAAAAUUAAAACAAUUAUUGCACAAUUCUAAUAUCUCAUUAUGUGAACUCAUAUUAGAAAUACAAAAGUUACUUGAUAUACAAGAUAUGGAAAAUGAAUACAGUUCAGAAGAGCAAUUCUUAGUCGCAGAUAAAUUUUCUCAAAAUAUGUCAGCUUCGCCAAAUGAUACUUCAAUUCCUUAUUUGUAUUUUUUCAGACAGGAAAAAGCAGAUUUUUAUGAAAAAAAUAUGACAUCACUUGAGCAAAAAAUUAUUUACGAAGAGCUUCAUAGUACAUACAAAAAGGCUUUAAAUAAAGCUUUGAAAAACAAGUCAAAAUCUUUACAGCUAAUUGAUUUACUCCAAGAUUUUGCUGAAGAGGAUAAUACUGAUGAUGAAUCAGAUUCUAAUAAAAGCCAACAAGAUGUUAGUUAUAUUGGCAAAGAAAAUUUAAAUCCUCAAUUACAAAAUCUAAAAAUACGUCAAGGAAAGGGUCAUCCAUUGAAUACUAAAAGAUUAAAAUCAUCUCAUGAAAUUACUAAAUCUAAACCAAAACAGCAACGUUGA